AUGUCCUCUUCCAAGUGGCAAAUAUUGUUUGCCCUUCAGGAGGCUCAUGAGUGCGCUCGAAACCGUAGCGAUGACUGGCGGUUCAACCUCGAUUUGAUAGCAGAUGAGGACUUUUUCCACUGCAUGGGUUUGGCCAAGUCGACAAAGUUGAGAUGCAGCAGGAAGAUGAAAAGCAUGCUUCGCCUUGAUGCCCGGCUACUACGGGAUGAGCUUGGCUCCAAGACUUUUGACUGGACGUCAGAUUUCGUCAAGAUUCAAGACUUUCUCACGAAAUCCCACUGCGGUUACCACCUAGCUCAAGCAACCUAA